UGCUGUUAUUUCAGAGGAAAGCAGAAAGCCGCAAAGCACAGGCUCCAUCUGCCCACCCUGGCGGAGGCAGCCUGCCGCCCUGCACGUGUCAAACGUAGCGGUGGUUGUGUUCGUCUCAGAAGCUACUUCUUAUUUUAUUACAGAAUAAGCGAGGCGGCACCUUCUUAGGAAGCCUCCUACACGGAGCCUGACCUAAGGGCCCGGCUGCGGCUGCUCCCGCCGCGGCGGUGGCGGCAGGGCGCGGCGGGCGCCAUGAGGCUGCAGACGCCGCAGUUCCAGGCGCUCUUCACGCCGGGGCUCCGCAGCGUGGCAGAAUUGUUCGAGAAGAAGAACUAUGAGCUGAGAAUAGCAGGAGGUGCUGUGAGGGAUUUGCUGAGCGGAAUGACACCACAAGACAUAGAUUUUGCCACUACAGCUACACCAGCAGAGAUGAAGGAAAUGUUCACGUCUGCUGGUGUUCGUCUGAUCAAUAACAAAGGAGAAAAACAUGGAACCAUUACUGCCAGGCUCCAUGAACAGAAUUUUGAAAUUACUACUCUUAGAAUAGAUGUUGUCACCGAUGGACGACACGCAGAGGUAGAAUUCACCACCGACUGGGAAAAGGAUGCUGAAAGGAGGGAUCUGACUGUCAAUUCCAUGUUUUUAGGUUUGGAUGGGAUGCUGUAUGAUUUUUUUAAUGGAUAUGAAGACUUAAAAAACAAGAAAAUUAGAUUCGUAGGAAAGGCAAGUGCAAGAAUACAAGAAGAUUAUCUACGAAUCCUAAGAUAUUUCAGGUUUUAUGGAAGAAUCGCAGAAAAACCUGAUGAUCAUGAACCUACUACACUGGAAGCAAUUAAAGAAAAUGCCAAAGGUUUGGCUGGAAUAUCAGGAGAAAGGAUUUGGGUGGAACUGAAAAAAAUUCUUCUUGGAAGCCAUGUAAACCAUUUGGUUCGACUUCUGUAUGAGCUGGAUGUUGCCCAAUAUAUAGGACUACCACUUAAUGGAAGUUUAGAGGAACUUGACAGAGUCACUAAAAAUAUUCAAAAUUUGUGUCCGAAACCCAUGACUGUUCUGACAUCAUUGUUCAAGGUGAAGGAUGAUGUCACAAACCUUGAUUUGAGGCUGAAAAUCUCAAAAGAAGAGAAAAACCUUGGCCUCUUUUUAGUGAAACACCGGCAGGAGUUAACCAAAGCAGUGGGUCCUGAACCUCUUAGACCAUAUCAAGACUUCAUCAUGGAUUCUAGGGAAGCUAAUACAAAUUCCAAGAUACUGGAGCUUCUGAAGUACCAAGGAGAAGAACAUCUUCUAAAAGAAUUGCAGCAGUGGACUGUUCCUUCUUUUCCCGUUAGCGGCCACGAUUUAAGAAAAAUGGGUGUGUCUUCUGGGAAAGAAAUCGGAACAGCAUUACAGCAGUUACGGGAGGAGUGGAAGAAGAGUGGAUACCACAUGGAUAAAGAAGAACUGUUAAGUUGCCUGAAGAAAUAGUAAAAUUGAAUAAUAAUAAAGAACUAUUUGCGCCAUGUUCCAAGUAGAAUUGAGAUACCAGUAACUACUUUGUCAAUGUACUAGCAACCAAUACGGUAUUCUGCAUAUUUAAGAUCUUCACAGACAGCACUGUUCUCCUGUUUAUUAAUAUGUAUUUUCUGCAAACAGAGGUUUAAUUUUGUAGUGAUGUAAAAUCUUAUUUGGCAAGUUCCACAAACUACCUCUUUUUGUUGUAUAUUAUGAUAGAUAUUUACUACUUUAUCUUGAUUUGGGGAAUGUAUAGAUGACAGACUUUUCUCAUUCCAACUUUGCUACAUCUCAAAAAGAAGAUACUUCUAUCCUGUAGAUAAAAUCAUCUUAAUGGUUUUUAGUGCUUAGAAGAGGGACAAAGUGUGAGGAAAGAACGAGAUAUAAAUCUUUUUGUAGUUAAAACUAGAUAUAAAAUUGAAAUACCCACUUCACCACUUCCCAAACAGUCACAGUCUUACCAUGUAAAAGAAGUCUCUUUUCUUUAAAAAAUAAUAAUAAAUAAAAAAAAAUAUCCAUAAUUUCAGAAACAAUUUUAGAUUAAAAGGGUGACUUAAUUGUGUCAGUAUCAUGAACUUCUUUCUCUCUUCAGUAGUUUUUUGGUAACUUACUUCUUGCUGUGAGGAGUUAAGUCCAUAGAGAACUGGCGAAGGGUUCUGCAGUUCUCAACUGUGUAAAUGAAAUGUAUCAUCAAUGGAAAUUGGAGAAGGGAGGGGAGAUCAGCUUCCCAACUUGUCUUUUUUCUCCUCAUGUCCAGUAGUUGACUCUUCCUUUUCUUCCUUUUUCUUCUCCAGUUACUUAAGUGGAAUUAGGGUGGUGAUGUUAGUGUGCCUAAACAAAGUGAAUCUUGCCUAAGUCAUGUAUCUGUUGCCUUCAAACUACUGACAAUAAAUUACCAGUUUGUAUUCAGUAAUUCUCACAUCUUUUUCUGUAGCUCACAGCAGUUACACCCAGAGGCGUUCACCUCCUCUCUCAUUUGCAGACAUUCUGUUUAAAUCAGUAGGAUUAUUUUGGAAAGAAAUCUUUACCAUCCCUGCUACUAUCACAACAGGAUCUUCCCAGGGUACGUGCAACAGCUGUGUUGCUUCUGUGUUAAUUGUCCAUACGUAUCUUCUGUCUGUGCAGAUCCACAUUAAAAAUGCACUCUGAAUUCAGUUCAAAAGGAAAUUUAAAUAUUUUGUCCCUUCAACAUUAAUAAAUAUAUCAAUAGCAUUUUGGAAAAUAUGAGAAAUAAGGGGUUUUGACUAUAAGUUAAAGCUGAUGGGAUGUUAGGGGAGAAGGAAGCCUAAAAGAGGAGAGAGCUGUGUUCAUGUAGUACCUAAUAACUCAUACUGGACUUGAUGAACAGUUCAUAGUCUGUUUGAACAGUAGCCAUGAAAUAAUGCUGUGGAAGAUAGACUUUUGAAACUGAUUUGUUCAUGGCUGGUCAUAACGAACAUGUACUAACAUCCCUGGCUUUUUUUGGUGUACUUUUAAAAAUAAAAAAUUGUUCUAAAUGAAA